AUGGAGCGAAUCAACGCCAACUUCAGCAACUACAGCGCGUGGCACGGCCGCAGCAAGCUGCUACCAAUGCUCCACGCGUGCCCACCACCACCAACCACGCCCACUGCACCAGAGGCAAAGGGGUUGCCGCAGGCAGCAUUGGAGGAGGAGUGUGAGUUGGUGCGCCAGGCCUUCUUUACGGAGCCAGAUGAUCAGAGUGGGUGGAUGUACCAGCAUUGGCUGCUGCAGCAGAUCCUGCCGCCCCUGCCGCCCCGCCUCCUCUCCUCCUGGCCUUCGCCUGGAAGCACUGUCUGCUACUCCUCACCAGAAAAUCCACCUGAGAAAUCUUCUGGAGGCGAUUCUGCAGCUGGGGAGGGCGUUUCCGAAUCCUCUCCCAGAGCUCCGAGGCGGGUUCGGAUGUCGGCGGUGCUGGUGUUCUCCGAACCUGUGGUGGGGGUGACAAGAGAGAGUGUGACUCUAACGGGGGCUGGGAUGGAGGUUGGCGAGUGGAGGGCUGUGGGGGGCGAAGAGGCGUGGCUUUCCGGGCGGCAGUCUGGCUGUGAGAGGGAAACGGGCGGCGAUGUGGGGCCGAAGAGUGCGUCUGUAUGGAUGGCGCAAGUCGUUUUCUCCACAUCUCAUGAAGUCAGAGCAGCUGCUGCUUCCACUGCAGCUACUGAUGCUGCUUUCACUGCAGCUACUGAUGCUGCUUCUUCUGCUGCUUCUGCGGGUGGGAGGGAAACAGGUGCGGCUGCCUCAUCACCCACCAUCCUGGUCUCGUGGGUGUUCGCCCAUCCAUCUGCCAUCCGCUCUGCUGCCACUUGCCAGUCCCUCCUGCUCCCCCACACGGACAGAACCUGCAGCAACGGUGGCAACGGCAGCAGCAGCUUCACGCUACAGCUGCAAGGAAGCUCGUUGAUUCUGCCACAGAUGGAUGUUUCUGAGACCAAUGGCACUCACUCGCAAGCGACUGUGCCGCCCGUGAACUUCCCCACUCAUGACUGGUCCAACUUCCGCUGGCCCUCCUCCUCCCCUUCGCCUCCUCCCCCUGCUGCUGCUGCUGCUGCUGCUGCUGCUGCUGCUGCUGCUGCUGCUCCUGCUCCUGCUGCGCCUGCUGCUGCUGAUGGUGAUGUUGCUGCCAGUGGUGCUGCCGCUAGUGCUGGUGAUGCUGCAGGAGGGAGCGAGCAGUGGCGAGUGGAUGUGGUCCAACGGGAGAUUGACAUGUGUCGCGAGCUCAUUGACCUGGAACCAGACAGGUGUGUGCGUGGUAUUCAGUGCGAUGUGUCGUGUGACUUGGACCAUGCCGUGUCUGUGUGGUGUGGUCCCUCCAACACCAAGAAGAAUAGCUCAACCCAUUUCUCGUAUCCCGUCUCCUUUCCUCCUGCUUCCAGCUUCGGUUCCUCUCUCGCACUCUCAAACCCAAAACCCCGCUCCCCUUCCCUUCCUGCUCCCCCUUGCUUGCAGCAAGUUAGCUAUCCCCUCCUUCGCCCACCUGUUCUCCACUUCUUGAGUCAACUAAAACAAUCCCCCAUUCCCCCCUCCCUGCUUCCGCCCCUUUCCAACCCUUCAACCAUCGUCUUCCAGCAAGUGGGCUCUCCUCUCUCUCUCCCGCCUCCUCUCCACUCAUUGACAAGUGGGCUCUCCUCUCUCUCGCCCGCCUCCUCUCCACACGCCGCCAGCUCCACCACCUCUUGCCGAACCUACCCGUGCAGGCUCGGCAAGAUGCCGAGGCUUGUGAAGAGGUGCGCCGCUCCUCUCGCCCACCUCCCCUCUCUGCAUGCUCUGGUAACAUCCCAACACUUAUCUGCGCAAGCUCCCUCCGCCCAACCCCCCCAGGAUUCGAGGCGCUUCAGAAUCUGCAAGUGCUGGACCUCUCCCACAACCACAUCGCCUUCUCCUCAGCCAUCGCUCCUCUCGCCCACCUGCCCGCCCUCCGCACUCUCUCCCUCGCCCACAACCUCCUCGGAGCCAAACCAGUCGACCGCCACCGCUACUGCCACCCCUCCCCACGAUGCUCCCGCCACCACCAAUAUUGCCACCCCUCUCCAUGGUUUUGAGGCGCUUCAGAAUCUGCAAGUCCUGGACCUCUCUCACAACAGCAUCGCCUUCUCAUCAGCCAUCGCUCCUCUCGCCCACCUGCCCGCCCUCCGCGCUCUCUCCCUGGCUCACAACCUCCUGGGAGGCAAACCAGUUGACCGCCACCGCUACUGCCACCCCUCCCCACGAUGCAACCGGUUCCCCUCUUGGAACAUGCCAAGUAACAGCACGGGGGACGAAGUUUCCUCGUCUGCCGAAGCAGCAGCAGCAGCAGCAGCAACAGUGGAUCUGGUUCAGCAGCAUCCGAACCUGUGGACGGUGCUGCAAUGCCUGGGCGGGCUGCGCCAGGUGGCAGUGCUUGAUUUGACGGGGAAUCCUGUUUGUCAGUGGGAUGGGUAUCGGCAGCUGGUUCUUUCCCUGCUGCCACAGCUGGUUCUCUUCGAUGGGGGCUCUGUGUGA